AGCGAGAGCGGCGCCGCCCCAAGAUGGCGGAGUACGUGCAGGUGCUGCGGCGAGCGCUGAAGCACCUGGGCGGGCACGGCGGCGUCCGCGGCGCCGUGUUGCAGCUGCUGAGGGUGAAUGAUCUGAAGACUGGCACGCUGGUAGGAACUGACAAGUAUGGCAACAGGUACUACGAAGACAAGAGAAACUUCUUUGGCAGGCACAGAUGGGUCAUCUACACCGAGGAGAUGAACAGCAAAAACACCUUCUGGGAGGUGGAUGGAAGCAUGGUGCCCCCUGAGUGGCACCGCUGGCUGCACUGCAUGACAGAUGAGCCUCCCACCACCCACCCUCCCGUGGCUCGGAAGUUCAUCUGGGAGAGGCACCAGUUCAACCUCAGUGGCACGCCGGGGCAGUACGUGCCCUACUCCACCACCCGCAGGAAGGUACAGGAGUGGGUCCCGCCCGCGGCGGCCCCCAAGUGA